AUGCAGGACAACUCUUGCGUAACUCCAAAAAAUUGCUCAAGGACCAUUAAAGAAGUGAUGAAUGAUUGGAUACUCGCCGCUGUCUCCUCGGAGGGCGCCGCCAGGGUAUCACGGACCAACUGCGAUGCGAGGGUUACGAGCCUCCCGAGCUCUCACCAUCAGGACUGCGGUACCAUUCGUGUAACACCAAAUCCCGAACCCCUCUCGCCCAAAGCAUAUAACAAGAGUUAUCAGCUGGAUGAUAAUGGCUCAAAGACCAUGCACGAAAAAGAGUCCCACAAUGCCAAACUACCCGCAUAUCAAGUUCCCAUCAACAAGGCGUCGCAGACCGAGACAAGUUUGUUUACUGCCCGCAGUCCAGUCCCACACAAAAAACGCAACGCCCGCCCGCUCGCCGCCGUCGCACCCCGAAACUUUUGUGAAGUAAGCGCUGUCCGAAGCGUCGCAGAGCCCUCCCCCCCAAGAAAAACCCCUUCCCUUCCCCCACACCCCCUGGAAUUAAGCAGCAACCAGGCUAGAACGGCAGUGUCGGUCCUGUCGGAUACGAUAUCAUUCCCUCCCUCAGUCUCUAGAGUCCUAGACCCUCUGGAGUUUGCUAGUCCGAAAUACCUCUUACCCAUCCCCCAGAAAGACCUCGAGGCCUGUAAGAGAGCCCUCUCCCCCCACCUCCUCGACGGGCUCCAGGAGACGCUAAGCAAAGCAGUGAGUGCAAACUGCAUUCUUACGGUGCCAAUGGCCCUGACAUUCUAUCUAUCCAUGGUGCUUACUACCUAUUCUCUUCUCGCUUCCUUCUGGAUAAGCGAUUGCAGUUAUGAACAGGCCAACGAGGAGUUGCAUCCGUUAUUGCUGGCCUGCCUGCAGCUAACCACCCCCUGA